GGAUUUCAUUUCAUGUUGCUGAACACUGGUGAAAAAAGUCACUUAUAGAAAGAAUCUUGUGCUUAUUAAUCCUGAAGGACUGAAGCCAAGUAUGUGGGAGGAGGAAACGGUGCUGAGCAGACAGCCGCUGAUAAGAAGGACAGAUCGGACUGACAGCAAGCUUUAACUCCACAUCUGUCCUCCCGCCGGACGGUCGCGAUGGAUUUCGUGCUGAGCGGAGCGGCGGCGUGCGGAGCGUGUCUGUUCACCAACCCGCUGGAGGUCGUCAAAACGCGGAUGCAGCUGCAGGGAGAGCUCAAGAGCCGGGGCACCUACCAGGUUUACUAUCGCAACGUGUUCCACGCUUUUUACACCAUCGGUAAAGUGGACGGUCUGAGCGGCUUACAGAAGGGACUGGUGCCCGGGCUGGUUUAUCAGUUUUUUAUGAAUGGAGUCAGACUCGGCUCGUACGCCAUCAUUGAGUCCUCUGGUUACAUCCACACCAACGGGAGGGUCAGCGCAGUCAAAACCACGUUAGCCGGGGCUGUGGCUGGAGUGGUGGGGGCUGUGAUGGGCAGCCCCAUAUAUUUGGUGAAGACUCAUCUGCAGAGUCAGUCUACCUCCUCUAUUGCAGUUGGACACCAGUAUAAACACCAGGGGAUGAACCAUGCUCUGGCAGCCAUCUACAGAGAGCAUGGCAUUCUGGGACUGUGGAGGGGCUCCAGCGCUGCUGUACCGAGGGUCAGCGUGGGGUCAGCUGCUCAGCUCUCCACUUUCUCCUCCUCCAAGGAGCUUGUGAUCGACCUCCAGGUUUUCCCAAAGGACAGCUGGUUGGUGGCCCUGAGCGCUGGCAUGAUCAGCAGUGUUGUGGUGGUGUUGGCUAUGACACCUUUUGACGUGGUGAGCACAAGGCUCUACAACCAGCCUGUGGACCAUCUGGGCAAGGGGCAGCUUUAUAAAGGAUUUGCAGACUGCUUUUCCAAGACGCUGAGGAAGGAGGGCUUGACAGGACUCUACAAAGGCUUGGGAGCUUCUUAUUUCCGGCUCGGCCCGCACACUAUUCUGUCUUUGUUCUUCUGGGAUGAACUACGCAAACUGUACCAGCAGUUCAGAUAACACCGGGGAGAAGGAGACUGGGAAAUGGGUAACUCAUUAAGCUCUUGAGUGCAUAAGGUUAAAUGAGUCCUCAUUUAAUGAGUUUACUAUUAUGAGGUAAAAGAAAAACCAGGAGAUGCUCUCCUUUCUUAAUGAGAGAGAGAGAAAGAGCAAAGGUAACAUUUUACACUCCAAUAAGAAAACACAUCAGUAGAGUCAAAAUACAAUAAGAAGGAAGGUGAAAAUGUCAAAACUGUAGUCAAGAGCUCUGAACUGUCCUGUCUGACAGAUGCGAAAAUGCACUUGGAUUAGUCUCUGUAGCGUAUGUGCUCAGAUAAGAUGAUAACCUACACAGAAAUUUUGAGAAUAUAAUAGAUUACAUAUACAGUAUAUUGUGUGUUCACUGGGGUAAAUACAUCAAACAUCAUGGCUCUUUUAUAGCUCUUAAACUCUACAGUUACGUCAUUCCAAAAGAUAUAAAAAAAAUCUGCACUGAGCACAACUGUGUACCUUCUGGAGAAAGCAUCGAAUGUGGCUCACAGUUUGAAAACUUAAUGUGCCAACAGCUAUGAAAUGAUUGGUGCAACAUAACCAGGUUUCAGCUUCUUUGUGCUUUGCCAACAUAGGUAAAAAUCUAAACCAGUAUAUUCAAAGGGAAACAGAUAUGUCGGUGUGAUAAUACAGUCUCAUCAGGCUUGUAUAGAAGUAGCACCGAUGAAAAUGUGAGGGCAUCACAAAUGACACAUGCCACAGACUUGAACUGGCAGGAGGUGACGCAGAGUGUAAUGUAGCAACAGAAGUAAGAAGUGCGUGGAUGAGGGACUUCCUGUAAGCAACUUUGCCUUCAAGGUAACAAGUGUUCUCAAAGAGGUCCUGCUGAUCACUCACCCAGUGGUGAGCCAGUCAGUACACACUCUUUUUAUAUUGUAAAAACAACAUUUCUUCAAAUUCACAGAACUUUAUUUUAAGUUCUGGUUGAGAUCAUAAAGUUUCUAAACAUGCCAGGUAAAUGUGUGUCAAAUUAUGAAUCUUCAUAUAGCUUAAAUGAAAGAAGUGGAAUAAGCUGACACAGAACAUAUAAAACAGUAUGGAGAACGGUGGGUUUUCCAUCCUUAACUGGAAAAAAGGGACUGUUUUUAUAAGGAUUAGAGGCAGCUCUUGGAUCAAGACUUCCUUUCAUGAAUGACAGCAUCUGUAGCAGACAAGAAUCCCUCUGAAGUGUCAACAUCAAAUAGUGGAACAGCUAAAACAGGGUAAGCAAACUGAAAGCAAAUUAAGUGUUAAGGAAUGUUUGCUGUGCACACCCUUAGUGUGUUGUGAUAUUCAGCAAAACAAGCCAUAACAUUCAUUACAUAGUUAAAAAGUGGCUUUUUUAAAAAGAGAUUAAGAGAAACAGCAGCUCAGUAAAAUAUGUCUCUGUUUUAACAUUUUCAUUAGUCGCUGGUGACAAAACGCAGCAUAUAAAGUUUGUUCGAUAAAUGCAAAGAUUAGAAUUUAAAAAAUUGCUCUCAGCAUCCACUGGACAACACUACCUCCACAUUCUUUUUAUGAUUUUCGUCACAUUAAUUAUUUCAUUCUACAGUUUCCUCCUGUUUAUUUAUUAGUGAAUAUUGUACAUAUCCGUCAGUCUGACCGGACAGCACAGAGCAUCUUCAUUGUCAAAAUUAUUUAUUUAUUUAUGUUUUAUGGCUUGUCAAAAAUUGGAAUAAAACUGUGUUUUACUAUUCCUCAUGGACGUACCUCAAAUAACUAGUUUGGUCUUGUCUCCUAGCACCUUAGGAGACUCCAAGCACCUUAGGAGACAAGACCAGGCUACCUUAGACAUUUUUAGGUUAUUAUCAACAUUUCCAAAUGUAAUGAGGUUUUCAUAACUACAAAAACCCUUCUGCGUAAAGUGUGCUUCUCUUAUAUCAUAAUAUAACCAUAAAGCAAUUUAAAAAUCUGUUAUAAAUAGAAAACUAAAUUAGCUGACUUUGAGUUAUCAUACUCAUUUAUGUCUAAGCUGCUGAUCUCUGUCCUCUUGCCUCUGUGAUUAUUCAGCUGCUGACCAAUUUUUAAACACACCGUGUUUGACCUCUUACACCGGUCAAACACAAGUCAGGUCAGGUCAGUGACAGAACAGAUUACCAGUGCUGUAUGACAUCUGUGCUUUUUUUCCUGCUGUUUCAAAACAUUGAAAUUGGCUCAUUCAUCUGCGGUUACAAAAUCUAAAUGUUCACGCUGUAUGUUUUGGCAAAUUUGCUUCCUAUCCCACAAGUAAUAUUAUUAUUAUUUAUUUUUAUUAAGAUCACCAGAUCCUCGCUCAAUAUGAACAAAACGUUCAGUUAGGAGUUACCAUAAGUUAGGAAACUCAUUUUUGUUAAAGAAAAAAAAAAUACAUUUUUGCUAAAAUUUCAUUGUGAUAUGCUAGUUACAAAAUGGUGUGCCUUAAUCUUUCACCAGGAAUAAAAUUGUAAUUUAUGGGGUAAUUUAGCUAUGGCAUAACUUUGAAAAACAUUUUGUGAACUAUUCAAGGAACAGUAUAUGACAACUGUGCCAUCAGUCAUUACUAUUUACUUUCUAACAGUAUGUUUAUUUAUUAGAACUGAAAAACACAUGAUUAAUCUUGUCAGUGUGUUGUUAUGGCCUUUGAAAAGUAUUUCAGUUUGAGACAGAGACUUUUUUUUAAAUCAUCAUUGGCACUCUUAAGAUAUGUAGGUAUUGACAUAAGCGAAGAUUUGUUAUCCACCAGAUUAUUCAGCUUUGUUCAGGGCUGGGGCAGAUAAGUUAGCAUUAACGUCAUCUACACAUUGUAAAUACACAUCAUCCUGGUCAGCAUGAGGCUACAUCACAGUAUAGGUUUACAUUAAAUGUAAAGGGUCCACUGAGUCCAGUUUUAUAGUAUUUCUAUGAAGCCUGUACAGUUUAGCCCACUUGUGUGAUUGCCAUGAAUGGUCACUGAACAUUUUGAAAUCUGAAAUGAUACAAAGCUGCUCUCUAAUGUGUGAGCCAGGUUGGAUGCUUUCUUGAACAAUACUCAGAGUGUCAAGAAUUUAACAGCUGUGAGCAAUUUCAGUAGUGACUGCAUAUCUUUUAACAUGAACGUGCAACAUGUUCAUGACACUGUAGCUAGAUGACCACAUCUGUCAACACAAUUUCCAUAACAGAAGAGAGGAAACUAAUUUUACUUGAGUUUAGUAUUUUGUAUCAUGAAGUUGAAGCUUUGGUCUUCUUGUAUAAAGAAUAUUCCUGCAGCAAAGGUUGGCAUUUUUGUACUUCUGAAGCAACUUUGUCUUCUCAGUGUUUUGACACUCAGUUGUAUUGUCAACAAUACAACUGAGUUCAUUAUUAUUAUUAUUAUUUUCUUAUGUCUGUCAAUUGAACAGUUUUUGGAUUAAUGUUGUAAGGUAAAAUUCAUCCAAAUGGACAAGAGCACAGCUAAAGUAUCAGCUGUAUUGUAUAUUUCAAACAGUGACAGAACAAUUAUUGUUAUUAAGGUAGAUCAGACUGUGAUGUCUUCCCCAGACCACAUUAUUAGAUUCUGAAAGAUGUCUUUGAAAUAACAGCUCAGCCAGAAAUUAAUAUUAUCCAACAAACCCUGUUGUUUGUGCCAAACCUUUUGCCAUUUGUUUAGGUCGCAUCAGGCCAGCUGAACUAUUUGUGGUGGUUCACAUGCCAAAAAAUGAUGGCUCCUUAAAACCUCUUUUUGUUUUAGGCAGUAAUUGGUCUUUCUAGCCAAAAGCUGACUUUAAAGACUCCUUUGUCAGAUUUUAUCCAAUGGUGAAAAACAUCAAAAAUUACCUCAGAUUCUUAACAUGGUAUGCUGCCUACUAAUUUUGCCAUUAUGCCAUUAUGAUAAAGCCAUUUUUAAUUAUGCUAUGAAUUGAAUGGAAACAUGUUAACAGUGGUCUACAAGAACUACAACCUGAACAGUUACUGGUUAGUUUACAGAAUUUAGGAUCCUGAGAAAUUAAAAAUUAGGGAGAGAGUUUGGUGAUAAUGUCAAAUAGAUGCUCGACUCCGUUGCAGAUAUUUCCAGUGUACAGUCUCUGUUGACCUGUGUCCUGCAUCAUAAAACGUUGUCCUAAGAAUUGAGCACUGUCAGUGAAUGUUACAUGCAGCAGCUUGGUAAUGAUUCAUGAAUGUACGACAAAAUGCAUUUCCUGUUAUGGCCAGUCAAUAUUCCUGUGUAAUGGACAUGAAGAGCAAAUAAAUUAUCUUUUUAGUGAC